CGAGGGCCAACGAGACGGCCAAGAUUUGGGCUGGGAACAACAAAAAGCUGCAGCUCGUUUUCCACGCCUACCCACGACCACGCCUAAAUGACGAUAUAACGCAGCAAUCCCUACCAUGGCCGAUAUCAUAGAUCCUCCCCGCAGCAGCCAGAUUAUCUUGUGGCUCCACAAACUACCAGAAAAUAACGAGGCAUACCAACCCGAAAUGCCAUUAACGCCCCCUAUUUCUCUGUCGCCCAAGAGGAGAAAGCGUUCCGAAAACGAUGACGAUGACGACGACCAAGAGACGACGCCGAUACCGGCGACCAGAGCCGAACCACGGCAAUUGGCUCCGAUCCCUUUACGCUUUCAACAAGCAGCUUCCGCCUACUCCAGUUCCACGACCUCCCAGUCCCGAACUUCUUCUCGAACCUCGACCAGAAGCCGCGCCACGAGCCCCGUCAAACGUACCGUGAACCUUGAAUUCCUUUCCAAGCCGGUACAUUUUGAGGAACCGGGCGACGACCUAGACGCACAACUUACCGACGAUGCUGCCCGCGAGCUGCUCUCCCAUAUCACGCGCAUCACGAAGUGGAAGACAAAGUUCCUGCCCGCCGAAGCGUGCGACAUCAUCCAGGCAAAUGUCCCCGACGGGAAGAACUGGCCGAGCCAGUGGUUCCGGCCAAAGGGUGAUCAAAACAAGGCCGAGGACGGGGAAAAGAAAUUGGCGGCACAGAUACAAUUCGCAGCGCUUUCCGAGAUCGUGUUCGAGACCAAGGCAUCGAUCAAACGGAUCCGCCACGAGCUCGCCUGGAAGCUGUACUUUGCAUGCGACAGGGGCCACGAGAUCGAAAUCAUCGGCCCAAUUACCAUUGGAAGCACCGACACGCUCGACUCAGCGUACUCCCUCUUCGCCGUGCUGGUCGAGAUCUGCAAAUGGGUGGAGGGGCCUUACCGCACCUGGUGGGAGACUAUACUUGGGGUGGCGAAGGACAGCUCAGGGGGGCCGGGUGGAGAUUCAGGAGCUUGAUAGCCAACCACACAACAGGCGGAGGGCUGUCAGGCGAGUGUUCCGUUUAAAGUGCGAGGCAAAGAGGCAGGGCUGCAGUAGGCCACGGAUUGAUUGACUAUCUAGAAGUGGUAGGAAAAGUUCUAGAUCAGUGCGUGGCACCGGGGCCUGCAGACGUGCGCUUCAGUCAGCUCGUAGUCGUUUGGCAGGUUUGUGAACUGCUUCUUGGCCAUCUGGACCCGGCACGGGCUCGAGAUGUAGUACACCUGGUUCUCCUGCAGCAGCUCGUAGAACUUGUCGCACUCGUUGUUGAACCCGGUCGCCUUGAUCUCGCCCGUCUCGUCCAGCAGGUUGACGCUGAACAGCUUGCCCUUUUCGCUCGGCUUGUGCCACGUCCUGAUGUCCGACUUGCUCGUAACGCGGGCCUUGAUCGCCCACUUGUGCUGGUAGGGGGAGAUCGACUCUAUGGGAUAGACGACAGCGUUUGGGUUGCUAGCCGGGCCGCUGCGGCCGCCACCACCACCACCUCCUCCUCCUCCGCUGCCAGCCUCGCCGCCCAUUCCUCGUGACGGGAUCUGGUUGCGUAUUUGGGGCUUGACCUCGGGCUCCAUCUCGGGCUCAGGCUUGGCGCCGUAGAAGCCCGUGCCUCCGAUGGUGGUGCUGGUGGCCGGCUCUCCCCUGGCCUCGACGCUCGCGGGCUCGCCGAGCU